AUGGCAGCAGAAAAACAAGUUGAGAACUACGUUCAGCCCGCCAUCCCGAGGUUCGACGGUCACUAUGAUCAUUGGGCGAUGUUGAUGGAAAAUUUUCUCAGAUCAAAGGAGUUCUUUGAUAUGGUGGAAACAGGUUAUGAAGAGCCAAAUGAAGGCGAGGUACUCUCAGCUGAUCGACAGCAACUGUUGGCAGCAUCGAAGUUGAAGGACCUGAAGAAGAAGACAUUCAAAGAAAUUUGGGACUCUAUGAGGAGGAAGUAUCAAGGCUCAACGAGAGUAAAACGUGCUCAACUACAGGCAGUUAGGAGAGACUUUGAAAUUCUCCAAAUGCAAAAGGGAGAAACAGUGAAUGAUUAUAUUGGCAAGGUUAUAAGUCUUGCAAGUAAAAUGAGGAUGCAUGGUGGUUCAAUCACAGAUGUUGCGGUCGUAGAAAAGAUUUUGCGAUCACUAACACCAAAGUUCGAUUACAUUGUAUGUUCUAUCGAAGAAGCAAACAAUGUCGAGGAAAUGCAAAUAGAUGAACUCCAAAGCUCCUUGUUAGUACAUGAGCAGAGGCUCAAUCGUACAAGUGCAAUAGAGGAGAUGACAGUCUUAAAGAUAUCCACACCAAGUGAAAUUUCAAGCUCUAGAGGUAGAGGGCAAAGAAGAGGCAGAGGUCGUGAGAGAGGCAGUCGAGAAAGAAGUGGAGAUGUUGGCAGGUCAGCAGACCUAGUCAGAAACGAUUAUGACAACAAAGGCAAGAGACACUUUGACAAGUCUAAGGUAUGGUCAUCUACACUUCAAAGGAUUAAAGACGUUGUCCUCAAAGAAGAUGGUAACUGGGUUGCCAGAUAUUACUCCACCAACGGAAAUUUGCGAGAGCUGUGUAGUAGCAAAACAUGA